UCGCCGCCCGCCCCUCGCACUACGGGUCCCGGCUGGGGCCGCCCCGGUGGCGGGGACGCGGCCGCCCCCGGCCCCGCCCUCGCCCCGGCUCUCCGGCCCAAGAUGGCGGCGCUGAGCAGCGGCGGCAGCGCCGAGGGGGCCUCGCUCUUCAACGGGGACAUGGAGCCCGAGCCACCCGCGCUCGGUGCCGGCUACGCGGGGGGCGGCAGCGGGGACGCAGUCAUCCCGGAGGAGGUGUGGAACAUCAAACAGAUGAUUAAAUUAACACAAGAACAUAUAGAAGCACUGCUAGACAAAUUUGGAGGAGAGCAUAACCCACCUUCAAUAUAUUUAGAGGCCUAUGAAGAGUACACCAGCAAGCUUGAUGCUCUACAGCAGAGAGAACAGCAGUUACUGGAAUCCAUGGGGAAUGGAACUGAUUUCUCUGUCUCCAGUUCAGCUUCAACAGACACAGUUGCUUCAUCUUCUUCCUCAAGCCUCUCUGUAGCACCUUCAUCCCUUUCAGUUUAUCAAAACCCUGCUGAUAUGUCACGGAAUAACCCUAAGUCUCCACAGAAGCCUAUUGUUAGAGUCUUCCUGCCCAACAAGCAAAGGACUGUGGUUCCAGCAAGAUGUGGAGUGACAGUCCGAGACAGCCUAAAAAAAGCGCUGAUGAUGAGAGGUCUUGUUCCGGAAUGCUGUGCUGUUUACAGAAUACAAGAUAGAGAGAAGAAGCCAAUUGGCUGGGACACAGACAUUUCCUGGCUCACGGGAGAGGAGUUACAUGUGGAAGUUUUGGAGAACGUGCCACUCACGACACACAAUUUCGUACGAAAAACGUUCUUCACGUUAGCGUUCUGUGAUUUCUGUCGGAAGCUGCUUUUCCAGGGAUUCCGCUGCCAGACCUGUGGCUACAAAUUUCACCAGCGCUGUAGUACAGAAGUGCCACUGAUGUGUGUUAAUUAUGACCAACUUGAUUUGCUGUUUGUCUCCAAGUUCUUUGAACAUCACCCCAUACCACCAGAGGAGGCCUCCUUAGGAGAAACCACCCCAGCAUCUGGAUCAUACCCCUCAAUGCCCCCCUCAGAUUCUGUUGGAAAAGGUUUGGUAUCUUUAAAUCAGAAUUGGAAAACUCUCAGUCCGUACAACAGACCACCAAUUCUCCCUAGUCCUUCUCCUUCAAAAUCCAUUCCAAUCCCACAGCCCCUCCGACCAGCAGAUGAAGACCAUCGGAAUCAAUUUGGGCAACGCGACCGAUCCUCUUCAGCUCCCAACGUCCACAUCAAUACAAUCGAGCCAGUCAAUAUUGAUGACUUGAUUAGAGAUCAGAGUUUACGAGGAGAGGGAGGCUCAGCUGCAGGCUUGUCUGCAACACCUCCUGCUUCUUUGCCUGGGUCACUAACCAAUGUGAAAGCAUUACAGAAAUCACCAGGACCCCAACGGGAAAGGAAAUCGUCCUCAUCCUCAGAAGACAGAAAUCGAAUGAAAACUCUUGGUCGACGGGAUUCAAGUGAUGAUUGGGAGAUACCAGAUGGACAGAUCACAGUUGGACAAAGGAUAGGAUCUGGAUCAUUUGGAACAGUCUACAAAGGAAAGUGGCAUGGUGAUGUGGCAGUGAAAAUGUUGAAUGUUACGGCACCCACACCUCAACAGUUACAGGCUUUCAAAAAUGAAGUAGGAGUGCUCAGGAAAACACGACAUGUGAAUAUCCUGCUUUUCAUGGGUUAUUCAACAAAACCCCAGUUAGCUAUUGUUACACAGUGGUGUGAAGGGUCCAGUUUGUAUCACCAUCUACACAUCAUUGAGACCAAAUUUGAAAUGAUCAAGCUAAUUGAUAUUGCACGACAGACUGCACAAGGCAUGGAUUAUUUGCAUGCCAAGUCAAUCAUCCACAGAGACCUCAAGAGUAAUAAUAUUUUUCUUCAUGAAGACCUUACAGUAAAAAUAGGUGAUUUUGGUCUAGCUACAGUGAAAUCACGAUGGAGUGGAUCCCAACAGUUUGAACAGUUGUCUGGUUCCAUUCUAUGGAUGGCACCAGAAGUUAUUAGGAUGCAGGAUAAAAACCCAUAUAGUUUUCAGUCGGAUGUGUAUGCAUUUGGGAUUGUUCUCUAUGAAUUGAUGACUGGACAGUUGCCAUACUCCAACAUCAACAACAGGGACCAGAUAAUUUUCAUGGUGGGACGAGGAUACCUAUCUCCAGACCUCAGCAAAGCACGGAGCAACUGUCCCAAAGCUAUGAAGAGACUAAUGGCAGAAUGCUUAAAAAAGAAAAGAGAUGAGAGACCCCUUUUUCCACAGAUUCUUGCCUCCAUUGAGCUUCUGGCCCGGUCAUUGCCAAAAAUUCACCGCAGUGCAUCUGAGCCCUCGUUGAACCGGGCUGGCUUCCAGACAGAGGAUUUUAGUCUAUAUGCUUGUGCUUCUCCAAAAACACCCAUCCAAGCAGGGGGAUAUGGAGAAUUUGCAGCGUUCAAGUAGCCACAGCACCAUGGCAGCACCCACUCUGUUAUUUAAGUCUUGUGUUCCUACAGUUUCUUAACAUCAAAACUCCAUUCUGCUCCGCAAAACCUAAAGUAAUUUAGAAAAGAUAUCCAUAAGCUUAAAAGUGGAGCAGAAUGGAACCACCAGUCCAACACAAUGGGAAAAAGUACCUUUUUGGGAACCAGAGUCCUCUGCUGCCAGUGUUUCUCCUUCAACACAAACCACCACGUGCAUUCGGAGACCUGCAGUGGCUGCCUGUGCCAUUGGCAUCAUUCCUAGGAGAGAGGAGAGAGCACUCGUGGUGUGACUGUGGUGCUCGGGCGUGAGGGGACGGAGCUGCUGCUGCUGCAACUUAGGAGACUUGCUUUGGAGGGUCUGCCGGCCGCCUUUCUCCCUCUAACAGCACAACCAUCAGAGGCUGAACAUCUCAUGAGUGCUAAUUUCAAAGAAUCAUUUUCCAUUCUGAUCCUUUUUUUUUUUUCCUGGUGUACUUACUGAUUUAUGGACAACGCAGUAUCCCCUUUUCGCUGUAUGACAGUGUCAAACACCUCAAUCUGUCUAUAUUACUGGGGUUUAUUCCUUUAAAAUUAAAAGUGUGGGGCAGUGGGUGCUGGAGAUGUUAUUCUGAAGGCAGAGAUGUUAAUCUGAAGGAAAAGGGGAUGCUGCCACACCUUUUUUUCAGAUUUACUUUACCACUUCUUAAAAAGAACAAACAACAACCACCAUCCUUAACCUUUUUCCUUUUCCAGUAUUUUCUUGGUGUGUGCAUAUACAACAUCUUUUUGAAGGAUUUGGUCAGUCCUUCUUUUGUUGGUCCAGCAACAAACUGAAGUUUAAAAAAAAUGUAGCAAGAUUGUCCUCUCUUUUAUUUUUUUUAUCAUAUGAUACAAUGUAUUUAUUAAAGAUGCUACUGCAGCAUCUAAAGUCUGUAGAAAUCCUGAUACAGACUGUGAAUGGUGUAUGUACCUACUUUAAAAGUUUUAUUUUAAACGAGGGUGCAGGUUAAUGCCAGGUACCUUACCAAUAUGUAAUGUUUUCAUAAAUGAGGAAAAAAGUUCUCAGGUUGAAUUGAAUACAAAUACAAUCCCCCCCUAGAAUUAGACAUUCCAAAAAUUAUGUUUUGGUACUUUCAAGAGCUUUUUUUAAAGGAUUUUUAUCCUGUUAACUGAACGUCCUCUGAUAAGUGUGUGUGUAAAUGUGGAGCAUCUUGUCCUAGUGGCAAGUUGUCAGAUCAAAACAAAACGGUACUUGCUGGAUCCACGCUGACUACUCCUCCUCUCAUUGCUUUCCUCCCUGUCAUCUCUUCCCUUCUGCUUGUCUUUCCCCUCUGUACUCUUAGCAAACUAGGACAAAGGUGGCGGUAUCUCCAUUAGAGUGCUUUGAUUUCCUGUCCUCCAGUCCUGCUUUUCAAAUGGUUAGUAGCUUUUUGCAAGUUACCCAGUCAGGGAAAGCAACAGCACGUAAAGUUCUGCACAUCAUUUACCUCUAGUAGAAUAUCUCGUGAUAUGAUCUGCUUGCAGAGCUCUCUGGUAUGUGGUAUUACCUGUAAAUCAUUUGUACAGAGGCAAGGCAGACCACAUUGGAAAGAAACUCAAGCUCAGACAGAAGUUUCCAGAAUUUGAUUCAUAUCAGCCCUGUACCACUCCAGGUGAGGCAGGAGAACUGAUCCCCCUCUAGCAGGAAGGUUCUUGCUGAGAGGAGGUGAGGAGUGUUUAACAAAAUCACCACAAAUAAAUGAAGGAGUUAAAUGUGUGUGAAUGUGGUGUCCAUGCUAAACUUGGAUGUACCGAGUGAGGGUGCUGUCCUUCCCUCCCUAGGGAAAGCGGGACUGUUCCUGUCUGCAGAAGGUUGCUCCCAGAUGAAGGGAGGAAAGCACAUCAGAAGUAGGUGUUUUUAAUACCCUGGAAUUUUGCGGUGUUGCUAGUAGUCUGUUACAUUUGUCAGUAAAUGUUUACUGGGGCUGUAGGGAGCGGACUGAUCUGAAGUGGGAAUUAAAACUGAAAUACUGUGUAUUCAUAUUAAUUCCACAAACAUUAGCAAGAUAGCAAUAGUGAAUGACUUAAUAGUCACUACAAGAAUGAAGUGUUGAUUCAUGUUGGUACAUGAAUAGAAUUGAUUUUGUGUACGUGAUGCAUUUUAAAAACUAAGGAAAAAAAAAAAAGCACAAAUUUUUUUCUUGUCUGCUGUGGGUCUUCAGAUGCUGUAAGGUUUUUACCUUAAUGAGGUUGACAGGAAUUUAUAAAGUAGCAAUAGCCACUUACCAGUGUGGAGAAGCUGAUGCAGAGCAAUGGUAGCAGAUGGUGCAGUCAAGAGUGCUCCCUGGUGAUCAUCUGAGGCCAGUACCUGAGAGGUGGAGGGAGCCUGGGGCCAUGGUGGCAGCAGGCAGGUGAGAACAUUUACCACAUACAGGCUCCCAGGGGGAAAGGAGUCCCUGCUUCUCCUUUACCCCAUGCUUGGCUCCUGCCCCUUUGUGGGCUGUGGCCCCAUUUUGACAUGUCAGGGAUACUUGAGGUCAAGGUUCUUUCAAAAGAAGCUGUUAAUGGAGCAAGUGUGGACAGGUAGUUCAACACUCAUUUGUUUCACAGAGCUUGUUAAAAGCUCUGGUUUCCUUCCACAAAGUCAUGCUGGCAGAAAAUUCUCUGUUAGGAACUUCAUUCUGUCUUUGCUUAAAAUGAACUUAAUUUGGUAAAGAUUCAUUACCCAUUAGUCUACAAUAUGCUUCUUGAGCCCAUAGGAAAAGCACAAGGAAAAUUGCUAUCCUUGUCCAUGCAAAGCACUUUAUAAGUAAUACAUGAUCUCUGGGGUUUUUUUUGGUUU